AAUGGAAGAUCUCCUUGAUAUCUGUAUUGAACGUUCAUUCCAUGAUGUCACUUACAUUAUAAACAUCAAUGCUAAUCAAGAAAUUCUUAACAUUGAAAUUGAAUCUAAAUAAACUGGAGAUUCUUGGAUUGCAAAUUUUUAAGCUUCAUAUGUUGAAGAAAUUGCAUCCAAAACUGGAAAUUAUAAGAAAUACACAACCUUCAUAAAAAUGUUAUAAUCUGCAUUCAAUAAUUAAACUGAAACUGUGUAUAUUGAUAUUCUAACAUAUUCAGAUUUAGAGUAAAUUAAAAACAAAAGAUCUAAAUAAUUACAAACAUAAAAUUUAGCUCCAAAUAAUAAACGUUAUCUUAUACUUAGUUAUAUUGUAGAAUUUGAUAAAGUUCAUUAUCCUCUACCAUUAAAUUUUAAUGAAUAACCAAAUUUAUAAUCAAUGAAAAAUACAAUUAUAAGAUUAAGAAGAGAAAAUGAAGCAUUACAAAAAAAUCUAUCAUAUUAUAAAGAUUCAAUUAAAAGUUAAUCCAACCCUCAAAUUUAAUUGAAUGAAUAAAUUAAAGAAUUGGAAAUACUUAAAAAUAUAAUUGAUCAAAAAGAUAGAGAAAUACUUGAACUCAAGAAUACCAAUCAUCAAUAUUCAAAUACUAUGAUUAAUAAAUAAGAAUACAAUGAUCUUAGAUCUAAGUAUUUAUAAAGUGAAAAUACUAAUGCUGAAAUAUCAAAAAAAAUAAUUGAGUUAGAAGAUUAUUUAUAAUAAUUGAUUGAUGAUAAUUUAAUUCUAAAGAAUUAAGAUAAAAAGAAUAAAUUAAGAAUAAAUUCAUUGGAAUCAGAACUAUAACAAACUCUGAAUAAAUCAAGAUCUAAAUUUAACUCUAAUAUUUCUCGCUCUCCAUCUGUAACAAAAACUAACAAUAAAUAAAAAGUAUCACUUAAUAGUAGUAAUAAUAAUCCAUCUAAAAGGAAAAGUCUUGAAAAAACAACUCCAAUCAGAGUAAUAUUUUCUAAUAUAAAAAGUUGAGAAAAGAUAUCAGCAUAGAUAGUGACACCGAAUCUUCCUUUAGAAGAAAAUCUAAUUCAAAACGAAUUGAAUAAAGUCCUUCUGCAAGAUCAACUUCAUCUAAAAAAAGAUCUUUAUAAAUUAAACAAUAGGGUUCAAAAUAAUUUUAAAAUAAAAAUCAUCCUAAAACAUCAAAUUCAUAUAAAUAAGAGGAUCCAGAAGAAUAACGAUUGAUUAAAAGAUUAAAAGAUUUAAGAGAAAAAAACAAAGAGAAUACAAUAGUAGCAACUUCUUCAAGUAAGAUUGAUAUGUCUACUGAAGAUUUAUAAAACAUAGAUUUAAGACUAAACAAAUUAAAUACAUUACUUUAAUUAGCUAAAAAUUAAUGA